AUGUUAGAAGGAAUUAUUGAGGUACCAAGAACUGUAGGUCGACAAACUGCACGUAACCAUAUUCCAUCUGAUUCUCCGGAACAGUAUUACAAAAGAUCAAUAUUUUUACCGUUUUUGGAUCAUUUUAAUUGUCAAUUACAAGAUAGAUUUACUAAUUAUCAUCAUGUAAUGGCCAAACUACAAUCACUUAUUCCAAAUUUUCUUAAAAAUACAACUGAUAUAAAAGAUUUUCAAGAGGUAGCGCUUUUUUAUGAAGAUAUUUUACCUAAUUAUGAAACAUUUGACGCAGAAAUUAAAAUAUGGCUAGCUAAAUGGAAAAAUGUAUCUGAUAGAGACCGUCCAACUACAUCAUUGACUACUUUGUCUGCAAUGUCUUAUGAUUUUUUCCCAAACAUUCACAGUCUUUUGACAAUUAUGGCCACAUUACCUGUUGGCUGUUACAACUGCUACUGCUGA